AUUUUCUGGGAGGAGGAGUCCACUGAUUCCCGUCUACAUUUUUCACGUACGCACAUAAAUCUCGUUUGUGAAGAAAAUGAUCGUAAACACAAUCAAUCAGCUGAUGAUCACAGUGGUUUUCCAAGUUGUUUUUUGAAUCCGCCUUCUCGGACGGAAAUCAACUCAGUAACACAGUCAUCAUCGUCUCUUUGUUGUUGAGAGUUGUUUUUCCGUCGGUUUGCUUGUCUUCCCUCAUGACCAUAUCACGAGUUUUCUAAAACCCCACUUCUUUUUUACCUCCCUCUCCUCGUGUCGUAAAGUGAUUCAGAAUUCUUGAAAAGGUUGAUCAAAUUACUGAUAAUGUGCAUUUGAUUCUUUAAUCAAUCUGAAGUUGAGGGAUGCUGAAAUCCAGAGUGACAACUGCGUGCUCAUUUGCAGCAAAGUUUGGGAUUAAUAUGGGUUUGCCUGUCCGGAGGCCCACAGUUAUAAACUUGCAUAAAAGAAGAACAAAUGAAGGGAUGAGGCUACUUAUAACAACUUUCGUGGGGAUUAUAUUUGGCUUCUAUUUGGGGGUGUCGUUUCCUAUGAUUUCAUUGACAAAGGUUAAUUUACCAUCAAGUAUAUUUUCCUCCAUUGAUCUUACUUAUAUUGAGGAUAAAUACUCAAGCCUCCCAAACCAAGCUUUAUUAGACCUAUGGUCUUCUAUUAAAGGUCACAAAGGCACCUCAUACAAGUUUAAUAAUGCUAAGAUUUGGGUCCCAACUAAUCCUCGAGGUGCAGAGAGACUGCCGCCGGGUAUUAUUGUGGCUGAGUCUGAUCUGUACAUCCGCAGAUUGUGGGGGUUUCCUAGUAAGGAUGUAAUUAAUAAACCAAGAUAUCUUUUCACCUUUACUGUGGGUUAUGAACAGAAAGACAACAUUGAUGCUGCCGUGAGGAAGUUGACAGGGAACUUUACAAUUAUGUUGUUUCACUAUGAUGGUCGGGCAAGUGAAUGGAAUGAAUUUGAGUGGUCAAAACGGGCUAUCCAUGUAAGCGCGCGGAAGCAAGCGAAAUGGUGGUAUGCCAAGCGCUUUUUGCACCCAGACAUCGUGGUGCCCUAUGAUUAUAUAUUUAUCUGGGAUGAAGACUUGGGGGUCCAGAAUUUUGAUCCGGAGGAAUAUAUAAAACUGGUGAACAAGCAUGAAUUACACAUUUCACAGCCUGGUUUAUCCCCAGAUGGUGGAAUGACAUGGGAAAUGACGAGAAGGCGAGAGGACAUAGAAGUUCACAAGAGCACAGAGGAAAGACCAGGCUGGUGCACAGAUCCUCGUUUGCCGCCCUGUGCAGCAUUCGUGGAGAUCAUGGCCCCGGUAUUUUCUCGUGAUGCAUGGCGCUGCGUCUGGCAUUUGAUUCAGAAUGACUUGGUCCAUGGAUGGGGGCUCGAUUUUGCUCUUAGGAUGUGUGUGGAGCCUGCUCAUGAGAAAAUAGGAGUCGUCGAUUCUCAAUGGAUAGUGCACCAAACUGUUCCUUCACUUGGGAACCAGGGUGAAGCGGAGGAUGGCAGGGCACCCUGGGAAGGGGUACGGGAGAGAUGUAGAAACGAGUGGGCGAUGUUUCAUGAUCGUUUGGCCAUUGCAGAGAGGCGCUACUACGCUGGCUUGGGAUUCUAUCAGCCUAAUUCGACAGCUAGUUAGGGAGAUUAUUGUUAUUGCAACAUCUUGGUGUUCACAAAUUCCUUCUAAUUUUGAUAGUUGGUCUGAUGUCUGUAUAUCAUCUGCUGGUACUCCUCCUUCCCUUCUUGGGUUAGCCUCACCUUUCCUUAACUGCAGUUUUGUUGUGUACUUUGCUAUAUAGAUUUAAAAUGAACCAAAUUGGGGUGAAAAAUGCAAUUUUGCA